CUGAAGCUGGGAGCAGGCCUCUUGAGCCCUCUGGAGCACAUUCCAGGAUGCCUUAGCCCAUCUGUGACCCCGGGUGGGGGUGGCUGAGGGUGCCGUUGGAGGCCACCUUCUCUGCUUCAGGGGUAGUUGAGGACCACCCUGGAGGUCUGCAGAAUGGAGCAAGAGAGUAAGGAGAAGCUGGCAUCUGUGUCCAGUCUGGUGACUGUGUUUGAGAACAGCAGGACUCCAGGAGCAGCAAUCAAAGUCUCCAAACUGGAGGCUGAACGUCACCUCCCCGGGUACAGCCUUACCCCGUCUGCAGAACCAUGGAAGGAGUCCCACGUUGGGGAGAGCCUGGGGUCUGAGCCCAGGACAGUCAGCAGGAGGUACCUGAACUCCCUGAAGAACAAGCUGUCCAGUGGAGCCUGGAGGAAAUCUUGCCAGCCAGAGAUCCACCCUGGGCCAGGGACGCAGAUGCCAGAGGAAAAGAGAAUCGUCCAGGAACUACUGGAGACAGAGAAGGCCUAUGUGGCACGCCUCCAUCUGCUAGACCAGGUGUUCUUCCAGGAGCUGCUGAGGGAGGCCCGCAGCAGCAAGGCCUUCCCCGAGGACGUGGUGAGGCUCAUCUUCUCCAACAUCUCCUCCAUCUACCAGUUCCACGCGCAGUUCUUCCUCCCGGAGCUGCAGUGGCGGCUGGACGACUGGACAGCCACCCCCCGCAUCGGCGACGUGAUCCAGAAACUGGCCCCGUUCCUGAAGAUGUACAGUGAGUAUGUCAAGAACUUUGAGAGAGCCGCCGAGCUUCUGGCCACCUGGACUGACAAGUCUGCACCCUUCCAGGAGGUGAUCACCCGCAUCCAGAGCAGCGAGGCCUCCGGCAGCCUGACUCUGCAACACCACAUGCUGGAACCUGUGCAGAGAAUCCCACGCUACGAGCUGCUGCUCAAGGAAUACAUCCAGAAGCUGCCAGCCCAGGCCCCAGACCGGGCAGAUGCUCAGAAAGCGCUCGACAUGAUCUUCUCAGCCGCUCAGCACUCCAACUCAGCCAUCACUGAGAUGGAGCGGCUACAGGACCUGUGGGAAGUGUACCAGCGCCUGGGCCUCGAGGACGACAUAGUAGACCCCUCCAACACGUUGCUCCGUGAAGGCCCUGUCCUCAAGAUCUCCUUUCGCCGCAGCGACCCCAUGGAGCGCUACCUUUUCUUGUUCAACAACAUGCUGCUGUACUGUGUGCCCAAGGUCAUCCAGGUGGGCGCCCACUUCCAGGUGAGGACCCGCAUCGACGUGGCCGGGAUGAAGGUGCGGGAGCUGACCGAUGCGGAGUUCCCCCACUCCUUCCUGGUGUCCGGGAAGCAGCGCACCUUGGAGCUACAAGCGCGGUCCCAGGAGGAAAUGAUUUCCUGGAUGCAGGCCUGCCAAGCAGCCAUUGACCAAGUUGAGAAGCGGAACGAAACCUUCAAGGCUGCGGUCCAGGGCCCGGAGGGAGACACCCAGGAGCAGGAGCUGCAGUCUGAGGAGCUGGGCCUCCGGGCGCCACAGUGGGUCCGGGACAAGAUGGUGACCAUGUGCAUGCGCUGCAAGGAGCCCUUCAACGCCCUGACGCGCCGCCGCCACCACUGCCGAGCCUGCGGCUACGUGGUGUGUGCCAAGUGCUCCGACUACCGGGCUGAGCUCAAAUACGACGACAACAGGCCCAACAGAGUCUGCUUCCACUGCUACACCUUCCUCACCGGCAGCGUGCUCCCCGAGGACAAGGAGGACAGGAGGCGGGGCAUCCUGGAGGCUGUCAUCCGGACUCUCCACCUGACCUCUGGCCCCAUCCAAUAAUCACAACGACCUCUCCGCACAGUUCCUGUCUGUAUGCCCAUGCCCUGCCCCGGAAGUCUCCGGAGGUGAAGAGAGCCGGUGUCUCUGAUCCCAUUUCACAGAUGGGAAGACUGAGGCUGCAGGUCAGGGUCCCACUUCUGGAAAGAGGCAGAGUGGAAACUCCAUUCUAAGUGGAGGGGACUUUAGGGACCUGUCCCAUGGAGACCCAGGCCCAGAGAGGCAGCUUAUCCGAGGUCACCCAGCAAGUUAGGAGCCAGCUGUCUGGCCUCUGCCACGUAUGUUCUCUCUGCUGCCUUGGGGCUGGUGGAGCCACUCUCCACACCCACAGGUGCUCCCCAAGCUGCUCCCUCCCUGCCAGUCGACACCUGUGGGGCACGAGCCGCGUUCACUUCCUGCCACAAUGUUCCCCAGCCCAGACACUAGCCACCACUGCCCCUCUGCCUGGUUGAAGGCCAGGUUGACAUCCCACCGUCCCAGGGAAGUGGGAGAAGACCCCUUCCCCCCAUUCCAGCUGAACACAGCUCCCAGGUUUCAAGGUGGUUCCCUUCCGUGGACCUCUGCCCGCUUUCCAGUUUUCCCCACUCCCUGCUCGUGCCUUCCCUGCCCGCUAGGCCACAGGCCCACUCCCUUCUCAGGCCCCCGUUCUGUUCCCUGGGGCAACUCGCAGGUGAGAAGCCCCUCCUGGCACCUGCCCCAAACUCCGGCUGGCCGGGUUUGGACCGCAGCCCUGCCACCGGCCAGCUGUGUGACCACAGGCCCGCGACGGGACCUCUCUGAGGCUCAGGGACGAGCAACCCCUCCUUACAGCGUUGCCGCAAGGCUGCGAAAUAGUGAUUGUCAAAGCCCCCAAACCAGCGUCUGUCACAGAGUGGGCGCUCUGUUCCCUGACAGCCUCCG